GGGGUGGGGCGGCCGCAGAGGCUGGAGCGAGGCGGCGGGAUGCAGCGCCCCGGGCCCUUCAGCACCCUCUACGGGCGGGUCCUGGCCCCACUGCCCGGGCGGGCCGGGGGCGCGGCCUCGGGCGGGGGCGGGCACAACUGGGGCCUCUCAGGCUCCCACGUGCAGUUGCCGGGGCGUGCACAGUCGGAGACCCGCGGCGACAAGGGAGGCUCGAGCGCGGGCGGCCCGGCCCCCUUCACGAUGUCCAAGGCCGAGGAGGCUAAGAAGCUGGCGAGCCACACGGCGGUGGAGAACCACGUGAAGAAUAACCAAGUGCUGGGAAUUGGAAGUGGUUCUACAAUUGUCCAUGCUGUGCAGCGAAUAGCUGAAAGAGUGAAGCAAGAGAAUCUGGACCUCAUCUGCAUCCCCACAUCUUUCCAGGCCAGGCAGCUUAUCUUGCAGUAUGGCUUAACCCUCAGUGACUUGGAUCAACACCCAGAGAUUGACCUUGCCAUCGAUGGUGCUGAUGAAGUGGAUGCUGAGCUCAAUCUCAUCAAGGGUGGUGGAGGCUGCCUGACCCAGGAGAAGAUCGUGGCUGGUUAUGCCAGUCGCUUCAUUGUGAUCGCUGAUUUCAGGAAAGAUUCAAAGAACCUUGGUGAUCGGUGGCACAAGGGAAUUCCUAUUGAAGUCAUCCCAAUGGCCUAUGUCCCAGUGAGCCGAGCUGUGACCCAGAAGUUUGGGGGUGAGGUGGAACUUCGAAUGGCUGUCAAUAAGGCAGGGCCUGUGGUGACAGAUAAUGGGAAUUUUAUCCUGGACUGGAAGUUUGACCGGGUACAUAAAUGGAGUGAAGUGAACACAGCUAUCAAAAUGACUCCAGGCGUGGUGGACACUGGCCUCUUCAUCAACAUGGCAGAGAGAGUCUACUUCGGGAUGCAGGACGGCUCAGUGAACGUGAGGGAGAAGCCCUUCUAACCCUGCGAGGAGCAGGGUGCUCACCAGAGUCUCCAGCCGGGCACAGUGGACAUGCCUCACCGGAGCCUUUGCCUUAAUGUACCUUCAUGUAGCUGUCCACAGCGUCAGAGUGGAUGGCUGGCCGUGGUGGGUGGGGGAGUCAAAUCCAGUCUUAUGAAGUAUUGCUAUGUGUCUUUUUAAAAAGAUUUAAAUAUAUAUAUAUUUUUACUAUUAAAAUAUUCAGUUUUUUAUAAAAUAGAACUUGAUUUUAUGUUUUAUAUGAAACAUUUACCAAAAACAAAAAAAUGUAUAAAUAAAAAUAAGAGAUCAGGACUGUCUCUGAAAGCUUUGACUGGACCUGCUGGUUAACCUUCUGAAGGUUUGAAUUUGCUGAGAGAGAACGUUUUUUCUAGGCUGGGGCAGUGAGGAGCCAGCCAGCAGGUCUCCUGAUGCCUUAUGGGAAACCUUGUUUACUGUUUACUUUCUUGUCACCCUCUUGGGUUUUGAGGUUGUUUUCGUUGUUACCACUCCCAGAUCCUAGUUACAUUGUAAGAUGAGGUUUAGGGAUUCUGAGUGGAGCAGUGGGGCGGAUGACUUGGGUAUAAGCUCCCAGGCGAGAAUGCAUGUCUCUCGGAGCCUGGCUUUGCUUUGCUCCUGCUGCUGGAAGCCCUGGUGGUCACGCCCGCUGGCAGCGCUGCACAGCAUUGGCUGAGAUGCGAAGCACUUACUUUUUGUUGUUUGAAUGAUUUUCUUUAUGUUAAUAUUGUUUUGUUCUUCCAGUAACCCUUGUAUGAUUUGGUAUCAGAAGCUGUCACUUUGUGCUGUUUGAAGGUUGAAAUAAACAUUACUGUGCCAUUUUUA